GGGUCAUUUGCAUAUCAGAAGGAGCCGUUGUACGUUGUUGUUCCGUCAAACAAACACAGGUGGCAGCAGUGAGCAUCGCCUUUUCAGUUGGAAGGAUUCGAGGAAGAAGACCUACACUUUCAGGACACUGUUUUGUUUUCUUUUUUUUUACAAAGGUUAUCAUGGAAGGGGAUGAGAUGGAAAUGACCAAAGAAGAGCUCCAGAGUUGGAUUUCAGAGCGAGUCCAAAACAUUGGCGUGAUUUCACCCGAGGUGCUGGAGAAAUGUAGUCUUUUAAGGAGUCUGUUGGACAGGAGGAAAAAACUAGCUGAACGUCUUCUGAAACUCUGCAAGUCUGUCGCUGAGUGUGAAGUCAUUGUGAAGGAGCAGUACGCUUUACUGGGGUGGGAAUACAAAGAAACAUACACAUCAGAUUCUGAUGACGAUAAUGUCUACGAAAUCGGUUCUUCCCCGUGUGAUUCUGAGACGCCAAUCCCUCGUAGCCCAUCAUGGUGCAACAUUUCAUUAAAUGACAACGAGACCUCUGUACCAACACAAUCUGAGGCGGACUUGACCAGACGCAAAGUACAGGAUUUGCCUCAACAAAGUCCUGGCGAUCACCGCAGUAAGCAAGACUGCUUAAGCCCCUUUUUGUCCGAUUUGGGACAUUAUUCUAUGGAGUCAUCCUCAAGCAAAAGAAGACGUCUCAUGAAGGAAACGCCAUCUGACAACGCAGUGGAGUCAAAUAUUUCCUCACCUGAAACCAGCCGUCUUGAGAAAGACUUUGUGAGCAAGACAAAGGAACACAGAAAAACAGAGAUAAAAGACGCUGAAAGUGACACUUCAAAGAUGAAGAAAGCAGAAAAUGACCCAGUAAGAAUGAACAGCCAAGUAAGCGAAGAAGACGCGUACUGCACGGCAGAAAGUGGCACAGCAAGCAAGACAACGGAGAAAAGAAAACAAGCAGAAAAUGACACAAGCAUGAAAAAGGAAAAAAGACACCCAGAAAAUGACACGGCAAGCAUGGCGAAAGAAACAAAAAUAGUGCCAAGCAACACCGUCGACAAGGAAAAAAGAAAACUAGCAGAAACUGACACGACAAGAAAACGAAGGAAAGAAGCAAACGAACCAGCUGAGAAUGAUACAGCAAGCAAAACCGGAGAAAAGGGACAACUGGCAGAAAAUGAGCCACAGGUAAAACAAAAUCCAGCAGAAAAUGACAUCAACAAGUUGAACAAGAAAAGAAAACAAACAGAAAGUGACCCAGGCAAAAUGAAACGAGCGGAAAAUAACACGAGCAACGCAAAGGAAGGAUCAGAAAAUGGCACCGCAAGCAGUACAAUGGAGAAAAGAAAACAAGCAGAAAAUGUCACAAGCAUGAAAAAGGAAAAAAUACACCCAGAAAAUGACACGGCAAGCAAGGCAAAAGAAACAAAAAUAGUGCCAAGCAACACCGUCAACAAGGAAAAGAGACAACUAGCAGAAACUGACACAACAAGUAAUGCGAAGGAAACAAGAAAACAAGCAGAAAAUGACACAAGCAUGAAAAAUGAAAAAAGACAUCCAGAAAAUGACACAGCAAGCAAGGUUAAAGAAACAAAAAUAGUGCCAAGCAACGCCGUCGACAAGGUAAAAAGACAACCGGCAGAAACUGCCGCAACAAGCAAGGCGAAGGAAACAAGAAAACAAGCAGAAAAUGACACGGCAAGCAAGGCAAAAGAAACAAAUAUAGUGCCAAGCAACACCGUCGACAAGGAAAAGAGACAACUGGCAGAAACUGACACAACAAGCAAGGCGAAUGAAACAAGAAAACGAAGGAAGGACGCAAACGAACCAGCUGAGAAUGACACAGCAAGCAAAACCAAAGAGAAAGGACAACUGGCAGAAAAUGAGCCACAGGAAAAACAAAAUCCGGCAGAAAAUGACAUCAGCAAGAUGAGCGAGAAAAGAAAACAAACAGAAAGUGACCCAGGCAAAAUGAAACGAGCGGAAAAUAACACAAGCAACACAAAGGAAGUAAAAAAUGACACAGCAAGCAAGACAAAGGAAACGAGAACACCACCAGAAAAUGACACCGCAAGCAAGAUAAUGGAAAGAAGACUUGCAGCACAAAACGUCGAAGCGGCGGUGGCCAUAUCAUCCCUCGACCAGUCUUCAAAGAUGUCAUCCAAGAUCCCCAUCAAGGUGCUCGACAUUGAGAUCACGGAGAAGAUGAAGGUUUUGGCCAAGAAGAGCAGUUUGUGCUGGCAACGUGGGAAAGUGAGGAGAAUUAUCAAAAUGGACAAUGUGUUCAAAUACAAAGUCAAACUGGACCAGAAAGGCAAAUGCAUCGUCCCCGCGCACCACCUGGCCAUGGACGGCACCCCCACGGUGGACUACUUGUAUAUCGGCGCUCGAGUGGUGGUGGGGGGCAAGGAUGAAGUUCACUUUCGGCCUGGCAUUCUGGCAGAACUCCCCAGCAAGAAGAACCAUCACAGAUUUCUUGUGUUUGUUGACGAUCAGGUGCCGAUCUACGUUGGCUUAUGUUAUCUUCACCUGGUGUGCACACCUUUACCUGAUCCUUUGGACGAUAUCGCCGACGCUUCCCACAGGGAUUUCAUCAGGUUUUAUUUAAAGGUCUGGCCUUGCCCCCCCCAGACCCAAUACAAGGUUGGACAAAGUUUUCAAGUGGACUUAAAUGGAGUCCAGCAGAACUGUACGGUCCAGCUGAUCGACUGCAGCCUGAUGCAGGUCGUCUUUGCGGAAAGCCAACGUAAAAGAUGGAUCUACAGGGGUUCGUUAUGCUUGGAACCUAUCCGUCGGAUGAAGAAGUUUUAUGAGAUGAAAAGCACUAUAAGAUAAUAAUGGUGGAACGGUAGGAGGGGAAUUGCAUUUUACUGUGAGUCUUAAUAAAAUGGUGUACUUAUAUUCGUGUUUUUCAACAUUCUACUACAGUAUAGUAGUACGUGUAAAGCAAUUCAAAACAGUGAAGUAACUCCCAACUACUGAGAUCUUGUUUAGAUACACAGUUGAUGGGAACUACUUUUUCCUCUGCCAACAAAAUAGUGUCUACCCUAGCAAUGCUAACGCCUAACCUACCACGAUGCUUAAGUUCAUAUUCAUGAAAAAUACCCAUAAAUCUUAAUAUUUAGCAUGCUACCAAUGCUAAGAAAAUGGCUAAAAAAAGUGAUGAUCAAUGUUCUUCUCUGAUAUUCAGAAUUGCUUGUUUUUCACUCAUAAACAACUCCUAACAAUGCAAAUGAUAGCAUGCUAAUAGCUAGCAUGAUAGUAUUAAAUGUUCAUAUGUGUCUGCUUGUGAAAAUGGCUAAAAUGAUAUUAUGCUAAUAGUAGCAUGCUAACACCUAGCAAAAUAGUGUCUACUUAGCAAUGCUAACGCCUACCAUGAUAGCGCAAAGUGUCUGCUUAAGUUCAUAUUCAUGAAAAAUACCCAUAAAUCUUAAUAUUUAGCAUGCUACCAAUGCUAAGAAAAUGGCUAAAAAAAGUGAUGAUCAAUGUUCUUCUCUGAUAUUCAGAAUUGCUUGUUUUUCACUCAUAAACAACUCCUAACAAUGCAAAUGAUAGCAUGCUAAUAGCUAGCAUGAUAGUAUUAAAUGUUCAUGUGUCUCCCUGUGAAAAUGGCUAAAAAAUAUAUUAUGCUAAUAGUAGUAUGCUAACACCUAGCAAAAUAAUGUCGACCCUAGCAAUGCUAACACCUAACCUACCACGAUAGCGCAAAGUGUCUGCUUAAGUUCAUAUUCAGGAAAAAUACUCAUAAAUCUUAAUAUUUAGCAUGCUACCAAUGCUAAGAAAAUGGCUUAAAAAAGUGAUGAUCAAUGUUUAUGCAAUGGUUCGGAAUCUUCUCUGAUAUUCAGAAUUGCAGCUCCUAACAAUGCAAAUGAUAGCAUGCU